UCAUGGAGCCUUUUCAACCUCAUAUAACCAUCUUCCAAACAGUUUCUUUGGCAAUUCAGCAUAUAGAACAGAUCAGAGAUAGCGGUCUGGACCUUAAUAUAGCAGGCAUGCUGCUCUGAGUUAUAUGCCAGUAUAAAAUGAUACAGAGAUUUCUCUGACAUCAGCUGUAGAGACUUGUUGAGUUUGUGAUGUACCUGGAAAUGGCCAUUUCUUGUAUAUAUAAUCACCAGACUCUCAAGAAACGAGGACAGAAAGGUCAAAGUCACUGUGAUCCACUUCAUAAUACAAUAUUUCAAGCUAAACAGCAUAUUGGACCUCUUAAGAAAAGUACCCUGCUCCAUCCAGCUGAUGCACUUGAUACAUAUCUUGAAGAGAAACCCUCCUUUGCAAAACCUUGCUAUUCAAAAAAGAAAUCCAUACACAGUUUCAUCCAGAUAAAGAGUUAUCUUUCGGUCAGUCAUCACUCCUCUGUGUUCAAGCAUUUGUACCACUACCGGAAGAUCUGUGCAGUACAAGUUGAUUAAGGUAGAUGAGUUACUUAAGAGACAUACUAAAGCGUAGGGUAGAUCUAGAUCUUACUUGAAUCUCAGCUUG